AUGAGUAAGACUUCUAGAUUUCAUUCAUCUUCAGAUUAUUCAGAUCAUUCUUUAACAAACUCAGUGACAACAACGGACGAAAAUAACUCAUUUACUGAUUACAACGAUGAAGAAGAAAAUACUCCUAUGACUAACAACUCAUCAGCAUCAGAUUCCCAAAGUGACGAGUCAAUAUCGAAAAAUCCUCAACAAAGCACUGCUAAACCAAAGGCACCAUCUUUCAAACCACCGUCGUUUACUUUGGGAAAAGAUCAACCACACAAGGCAUACCCAGGGGUGGGGGUGGCCACAAUCACAUCUAACAAAAGAGUUGCAUCACCAUUAUCUCAAUCACCGGUAUUGAAAGCAGUACAACCUCAGCAUCUUCCCGCAUCCAGUGGUAUAUGUCCUUUACCACCGCCACAACAUCGGCUUGAAAGCAACAAGAAAACCCCAUCUUCAGAACAAUUUGCCCCAUCACCAAUUCCCAAAUUAGACACUGUGCAGUCUACACUUCAGCAAAACCUACAUCACAAUGACAAUUUACAAGAUCUUUUGAAGUUUCCCACAGAGUCGUCGCAUGCUUAUUCAUAUGCUCAUUUAUCUCCCAACUCAUUGGCACUUCGACUCAAUGUAUUGAAACGUUCACUAGAAAUUUUAAAAGAUCGGCCUGAAUUGUUCAAAUCUAUAACUAAUCAGGACAAUUUCGACGAAGAAUCAACACCGCUACAAAAAUCCAUAACUAGUACAAUUUUGGAUGACAGUGCGCUAAUGGAAUCAUCUGCACAGGGGACAACAGCUGGUGUUUUCACUCACCCGAACCAUAGUGCAGAUUAUAUAAAUGACAUAUCUUCACCUACCACUGCUUCUUUUUCCAUGGAUAAGAAAAAGUAUAAACUUCAAUCAAAUGCAUCGUCAGCGGCUUUGGCAGCUUUAUUCAAACCUUCAUUACAAAGAUCGGAUAGUCUCCCCAAUGUAACUAGAGAAACACGAAAGUUUUCAGCACCGCCGAAUUUGCAACCCGAUACAAUCAGUGAGAAGAAUAAGAAGAAAACGCAACAGUUGAAACAUCAACAACAACAACAACAACAAGAAUCAGUAGAUGACUAUAAAGAUAUUAUUAGCCUACUAGAGCAUGACUUGGACUCCUUGAUGGAAAACACACAAGUUGCCACAUCACUACAUGAUUUAUCACUCUCGACACAUGAGGAUCAAAACAAAAUCAAGUACGACAUUUUGAAAAAGAAGUUGAUUUAUGCCUUGGCUAUGCCGUUUGUUGAAAACUCAACCAAGACUUCUGAGUUGUUGGAGAACAGCAUAAAAGAGGAUCCAACAUCUACGGCUUCACCAAUGAAGACUACGUUUUCGACAGUUGCAUUAUCAGAGCUUGCAAGGAUUGAUCAAAUGAACAACAACAAAACAACGACUCAAUCGCCAUUAACUCCGACAUCUGCAUCGAAACAAGAACAGUUUAAUGCUAAACGGCCAUUCAAUUCCAUGCUCACAAGCAAGUAUUCAUCACCACAAUCGGUGUUUACUGUUGAGGCCGACUUGCCAUGGUCAGUGAAGGCUGCAAACGAUUUGGCGUGUCUCAUGUUUGGAAUUUCAAAAACAACAAUUAAAGCGUUGACGUUGAUGGAUUUGAUUGCACCACAAUUCCGUGACUUUGUCUUAUCAAGAAUAACCGAGUACACUUUUGAAAAUAGCCGCAAGGAUUCUAUAUUGUUUGCUGGAGAAAUUGUUGCCAUUGUUCGACCUGGUGAUCAAAAUUAUUCAUGGACUUCACUUUGGGCUAAGAAAAAGGGUAAUUUGAUUAUUUGUAUGUUUGAUCAGAUACCGUGCGAUGCAUUUGAUGUGAUUAUUCUGAGUGCUGGUGGUGUCAAGGAUAAUGGAUUUUUUGGCAACUCUUAUACUAUUGAUAGCUUUCAUGAAAUUGCUGGCAACUUGAUUUCAGCUCAUGGACUAGAUGCGGUCAGGAAAUUGGGUGACUUUAGUGACACCAUGAGUAAUGAAUUGAUGAAUUAUAGGUCGAAAUCAGCUGGCGACGAUGUUGAGAAAAGCGCAGCUCAUGAUAGUGAGUUUAUCAACCACACAAGGUACUUUACUGUACAAGUUGACCAGGGAAGCGAAAGCAUCCCGUGUGCCAUUACGUCAACAGCCCUUUUAUCGAAUGACGAUACCAAGUCACAAAUCAAAUUGAAAAUCCAUUCGAUGCCAUACAUCGCUGGUAUAUUUGUCUUGAAUGCAACCGACUUUACCAUCUUAUCGUGCAACAACGCAAUAGCUAAGAAUUUGUUUGGUAGAUCGGCAAAGUAUUUGCGCAAUCGUGGCAUUGACGAAUUGAUACCAAACUUUACAAAGAUAUUGCAUGUUGGUCUUGAAAAAAACGUGGAAACUUUUCAAGUUGUCAAUGGAUUGGUGUUGCCUGAACAUUUCUUUAGGAAAUACGAUUCAGUCAUAAAGUAUCAAGAACAGUCUACCAAAGAGAAUGAAUCUGAAGAAGAUAUUUUUUUCAAGUGUCCUGGAAUUGAAGGUAAACAUCGUGAUGGGAAAACUUUGUAUGUCGAUGUUCAAGCUCGUGUGUCUACGGAAAAUGCCUUGAUCUUGUGGGUGACUUACUCACGAGGAAAGAGGGAUUCAAGCUUACCGAAUGAGUUUGAAGCGUUGAGCUCCUCGACUUCGUCGAUGUCGUUGGCUUCCACCGAUGAUCAAUCGGUGGGGUCAGUACCUUCGCGUACACAAACACAGUCAAACUUGUUGAAUCUGGGCGAAGGAGUACAGCUUCAUUCCCAUCACAUACCACCGCUCACCACACAGGCACAACCACAGGCACAACCACAGGCACAACCACAGGCACAACCACAGGCACAUGCACAUGCACAACCACAUGCACAGGCACAGGCGCAGGCACAGCAGCAGCAGCAUCUCUUACACCCCCACCAUGCGGCAAUUGCUCGUACCAGAACUCAUACUGGUGGGUCGACCGCAUCUGUCAACAAUAUCCCAUCCCAACGUAAGUUGUUCGAAGAUGGUAAAGAGGAGGAUUUGUUGGAGUUCUCGCCAAGGGAAGUGACACGGUCACUGAGUACUCGGAGAGUGAAAACUCUGUCUUUUGCUGCGCCCAUGUCUGGAUUGGACAGUUUUAUCUACAAGAAAACCAAAGCUGAUGAGAUUAGAGACACCAGUACUGCAAAAUCCCAAGAUACCGAAUCUAUUGAUCUGAGGGAUAUGGUGACUCCUGAUGAUUUAGAUUACAACAUUUCCUCGACGGUGUAUUCUGAGGAGGAGAUUUUGGCAUUGGAGAAUAAAUCGCUAUCUACAAUCCAAGCCGAAUCAACACACUGGCCCAAAGCUGUUGGGUUGGCCAGACGCACAAAAAAGUUUUCCGAAUUCAAAAUUAUUAAACAAAUGGGUGAAGGUGCUUAUGCCAAAGUUGUCUUGGCUCAGCAUAAAGAAGAUCCAGUAUACAAAAUUAUCAUCAAGUGUAUUGACAAGGAGCGUAUUCUUGUUGAUACGUGGGUACGUGAUCGGAAAUUAGGCACCAUCCCCAGUGAGAUUCAAGUUAUGGCCUUCUUAAAUUCAGAGCCACAUCCAAACAUUGUCCGCAUACUUGAUUUUUUUGAAGAUCUGAAGUACUAUUACCUUGAAACCCCCAUUUUUGGGAACCCGCCCGCGAUUGAUUUAUUCGAUUUCAUCGAAGUGAAGAAGGACCUUUCGGAAUAUGAGUGUAAAUUCAUCUUUAAGCAGAUUGUAUCGGCAGUGUACCAUUUACACAAGGAGGGCAUUGUACAUCGCGACAUCAAGGAUGAGAACAUCAUUGUUGAUGAAAAGGGGUUUAUCAAGUUGGUUGAUUUCGGGUCGGCUGGGUAUGUCAAACAGGGCCCCUUUGAUGUGUUUGUGGGCACUAUAGAUUAUGCGUCUCCUGAAGUGUUGCGAGGUGAGAAGUAUGAAGGAAAACCUCAGGAUAUUUGGGCAUUGGGGAUCUUGUUGUACACGAUGUUGUAUAAGGAGAAUCCAUUUUAUAAUGUGGAUGAGAUCUUGGAGGGUGAUUUGCGGAUCCCGUAUGUUGUGGGUGAGCUGAGUUUGUCGCUCGUAAAGCGGAUUUUGGUGCGUGAUGCGGAUAAGAGACCUACGAUUACUGAUAUUUUUGAGGAUGAUUGGUUAAAGUUUUAG